AUGGAUAACUUCAAGACCACGACAGGUCGAGAUAGCUUUCCAGAGCAGACGCCCGGUCGUGCCUCAACCCCAAGCAUGAGCGAAUUCUUCAACCCGCAUGCGCUGCCUUUCCAGCCUGGCAACUUUCCCCGUCAACAGCAGUUUGCUGGCGCUUUCGAGAACCAGCUUCCGCAACGUCUCCCCCACCAGACGGACCCAUCAUUUCGCGGUCACCAACGGCCAUAUCCGUACCAAGGGCUCUAUGAACAACCUAUGGCAUGGCAUGGUGUUCCGCCGCCGCCGCCGCGAAACCCACCCCCACCACCUAUGCCUCAGCAGCCUCCACACAUGAGCCCCAACCAGCAUGCCUUCCACGAGUAUGCCGCCUACCAAGAAGCACUCAAACGUUACCAAUGGAUGGUAGACAAUGGCCAUGUACACCCAUCAUGUCCACCGCCGCCUCCGCCCAACUUCCAUCCAAGCGCUGGAGCCUACGCAGCCCAGACAUAUGGCCCACCCUACCAGCCACAACACGGCUAUCAGCACCAUAUACAUCAACCGCAGCAACCUCCGAUGGCUCGGGCACAUUACUCCACGAUGCAUAGUGGAAAUGACGAUACAAAGACGAAAAGAGUACCCGCUCCUCAAAAGAAAAAGUCGAAAUCCGCCAAGCCACUGUCAGACCUACCGUUCCGCAUCGACCUUGAUGCAGCCAAGAAGCCACACACUAACAACGUGUGUAGGGUUAUGAGCAAGGUUACACACCCAACGCCUGCCGGCGAGAACAAGGCCGACGAGAAGAAGCCUGGUGCAAAGAAGGGGCGUUACGGCGAUGAGAAGAUUAUGCUUCCUCCGCCGGAGCUCAGAGAAGAGUAUCUUAUUCAAGCCACUAAAGAGCCAUCCGCAAGCGAGACACCUGGUCAGAUACUAGUCAUCUUGGAUCUCAACGGCACCGUCUUGUUCCGGCCCAACCGCAACUCCCGGACUAUGAUCGCGCGUCCGUUCUUGCAACCGUUCCUGCGCUAUCUUUUCGACAACUUCAAAGUCAUGGUAUGGUCUAGCGCUAAGCCUGAAAACGUGAAGUCACUCGUCAGCCAAGCUCUAGACAACGAUCUCCGGUCAAAACUCGUGGAUGUAUGGGGCCGUGAGUCCUUCGGAUUAUCGGCAUCUCACUAUGCAAAAAAUGUGCAAGUGUACAAGAAUUUGAAGCUUGUAUGGUGUCGAGGCCAGAUCCAGUCAUUUCACCCAGAUUACGAAACUGGCGGUCGAUUUGGCCAGCACAACACCGUACUUAUCGACGAUUCUGCGAUCAAAGCAAGUGCGCAACCGUACAAUCUUCUUGAGAUUCCCGAGUUCUCGGCUACCCCUGAUCAGAUGAACGGCGACGUACUGCGUGAGGUUGCUGGCUAUCUGGAAGCAUUGCGAUGGCAGACGGACGUUUCCAGUUUCAUCAAGACGGAGCCCUUCAAGGAUGGUGGCCGAUGGACGUUUGAUUGGCCCGAUUCCGCUGCGGGUGGUGGUGAGAUGACCAGCAAGGCAACUGCCACAGCUACAGCACCGAGUAAGAAGAAUAAUAAGAAGAAAUUAGCGAGAGAGGCGGCCGCCGCUGCUACUGAGACCAAAGCUAACAUUCUUGUAUCACAGACGAUCGACAGUCUGGCAUCUGUGUCACUGGCAGCAUCGGUACAGAAGGACUGGUAA